UCCUUUGCUUAGGGCUGACUGGUGAUAUCCGACCAUCUGAGGAGUAGGGAUAGAGCCAGGACCCGGGCUGGGGAGACCCUCCCAGUACCUGGUCCAGGUCUAAGACUCCUGAGCGCUGCCAGGCAAGGCCUUUCCUGCCCUACCCAGCCUGGCCUCCCUGGUGAGUGGGGGAGGUGCUGCUCAGGCCUGAUGCUGAUCUCUCUUGACAGCUGCUCCUGAAGCUGGCAGGAUGGGCAGGCGGGGGAAGGGACCAGAUUUAAAGGUUCAGCUGCCCCGCCCCCUGCCAGACCUGGGAGGGCAGACGCUGGCCGCCAAGGAAGACUAGUGGCACCCACCAUGAGAUUUCGACGCCUGACCCCUGGCUACUUCCGGGUGCUACAGAUGCAGAUAGCUGGGGAGCUCAAAGCAGAGCCCCGGAGUCCACUGGCCGGGGUAGUGGCUACACUGCUGGCUGUCCUUGGACUGGGUGGCUCCUGCUAUGCUGUCUGGAAGAUGGUGGGGCAGCGGCGGCGGCCGCCACAGGCCUGAUGAUAAA